CUGGGGAAGAGGUCUGAGGGAAGUGGGUUCAUUUCAGCAGCAGCUGACUUCCAGAGAGCGAUAUGGCUGGCUCCUCAACAUGCGUCACCCUCAUGUACAUCCUUUGGCAGCUCACAGGUUCAGCAGCCUCUGAAGCCAUGAAGGAGCUAGUUGGUCCCCUUGGUGGAGCCGUGACAUUCCCCCUGGUGUCUAACGUAAAGCAAGUUGACUCUAUCGUCUGGACCUUCAACACAACCCCUCUUGUCACCAUGCAACCAGAAGCGGGCACUAUCAUAGUGACCCAAAAUCGUAAUAAAGAGAGAGUAUCCUUCCUAAAUGGAAGCUACUCCCUGAAGCUCAGCGAACUGAAGAAGAAUGACUCAGGGGUCUACCACGUGGAGAUAUACAGCUCAUCCCUCCAGGAUCCCUUCACCCAGGACUAUAUGCUGCAUGUCUACGAGCACCUGUCAAGGCCUAAAGUCACCAUGGGUUUGCAGAGCAAUAAGAAUGGCACCUGUGUGACCAAUCUGACAUGCUACAUGGAACAUGGGGGAGAGGAUGUGAUUUAUACCUGGAAGGCCCUUGGGCAAGCAGCCAGUGAAACCCAUAAUGGCUCCAUCCUCCCCAUCUCCUGGAGAUGGGGAGAAAGUGAUAUGACCUUCAUCUGCUUUGCCAGGAACCCCAUCAGCAGCAACUCCUCAAGCCCCAUCCUUGCCAGGAAGCUCUGUGAAGGUGCUGCUGGUGACCCGAAUCCUUCCACGAUCCUCCUGUGUCUCCUAUUGGUGCCCUCCCUGCUCACUCUGUUUGCUCUGGGGCUAUUUAUUUGGUUUAUAAGGAGAGAGAGACAAGAAGAGAACGAUCCCAAUGGAAGAUCCAGCAAAUACGCUUUAUUCCACAGUGGAAAUACCAAAAAAGAUAGAAAGUCCCCACUCACUGCUCAUGAUGCCAGACACACCAAGGCUAUUUACCUAUGAGAAUGUUAUCUAGACAGCAGUGCACACCCGUAAGUCUCUGUCCAAAAAAAACAAGUCUCAGCCCAAAGAAAACAAUCAAAAGAAUUCAUUGAUUUGACUAGAAACACCAAGGAAGAAUGAAGAAUACUGACUUUUUUCCAGGAUAAACUAUCCUUGAUGUUCCUUUAGAUUUGAGAGUUCAUAAUUCCAUCCACUGCUGAGAAAUUUCCUCAAACCUAGAAGGUUUAACUAUCUCAUUCCCAAAAUGGAAUUGUGAAUUUUGUCAGCAAAACACAAGAAAGUGCUUAGAAGUGGUCCUAUAAAAAUGUAAAUGCCGCAUCACACAUAUUAAUGACAGCCUGUCAUAUUAAUGAAGACUCCAGGUCAGUGUCUGGAGUUUCAUUCCCUCCCAGGGCUUGGAAAUCAGGAUUAUAACAGCAGUCUUGCUACCAGGAGAGUAAGAAGGCCAAAACAGACCAACAUGUACAGCAGAAGCAGAAGCACCUGAUAAAAAUGGAUGUAUUUAUCGGCUCCAAAAACUAUGUGCCUUAAGGGCCGGGCACGGUGGCUCAAGCCUGUAAUCCCAGCACUUUGG